AUGAACAAUUUGGACCGGUGGUUGAUUCGUGUUCCACCCGCUCCAACGGCUUCUGAGAGAGGAAUGACAUGCUAUGGUGAACAGCCAAGUAGCUCACCACUGGAACCGCUCAACCUGAAUGUGCCGAAUGCCAAACGUCAAAAGCUGAGCGCGUCUCAACCCUCGAGUGCUGGGUCGCCACUACGCAAGCAAAAGCCUUUACCCUCGGCCUUUACUGCCAAAAAUCUCCUGUUGCAAGGCAAGUAUGCUCCAAAGGAGGUAUUCUAUCAGUACGAAGGCCGUAAAAUGGCCCAAACACAACAAGUUUCACUGACGCAGGUGCCGUUCGUGGUCACUGGUCUGAACUCAGUUCCAAGAAAUUUGGUCGGUUUCCAGAACGGUAAAAUGGCAGUCAUGAAUGCGCAGAAGGGCUGUGAGGGAUUGCUGCUUGACGAAAAAAGCGUUGUGCCCGGAUCAGCCAUUCGCGAUCUGAGCGUAGCUGCCGACGACUCCACUUUGCUUUGCGGAUCGGAGGUCGGAAUUGCAAUUUACGAUAUCAACACUAGUCAAGUCGCUCAGAAUUUCAACCCGGAUGAUGACGUGGGGUUCAGGCAAGUGCGAUACUCGCCAGCGAGUUCUAGCAUCUUCGCGACGGGAACUCAGUCCGGCAAUGUUUAUUUCAUGGACAUUCGCACCCAGCAGCCGCUCCGCAAAAUCAUGAACGCCCAUCGCGCUGAUAAAUACACAAGCGCACAAAUCAGUGCUAUUGCUUGGAUGGAUGAUAACUUAUUGGCCACUGCAAGUAGUGGCUCGGACAUUGUCAAGGUGUGGGAUUUACGACACGCACGCAAGUGUCUCAAUCAGACGCCUCAAAUCAAGCGGGCAGGUAUCGCUUCUAUGGUCAUGGACGAUUCAGGACACUUGUGGGCACUUCGUCGAGGCGGGGGGCUGUUCGCAUCAUCGCUGAAUGGCCACGUUUCCGAGCUGAGUUCGGCCCACUUGAAGCCCACCAGCUCUUACAGUCGGGUAGAGUUUAUCAAGAGCUCGAGUCUAGAAGGGAACUACCUGGCUUGCAGCGGGGAGAACGGUAUCACAUUGUUCGUAUGCCCCAGCAAAAAGGCAAUAGUCAACGGAUACGACGUGUCAUGCACCGCGGUACUUCUCAAGGGACACCGCAGAGAAUGUACGAGUAUCACCUGGCAGCCGAAUACCGAUUCAUUGAUGAGUGUCGGUGAUGACUUUACCUUGAGAUAUUGGCAGGUGCGUCAGUAUCCGGACACUUAA